ACUGCAGAUGUCAGCAAGGCCAGAUAUAUAAAAGAGCUUCCACACAGACACUGCUGCAGGUCACAGCUUCAGCACCAAACCUCCCAACAAGAUGGUGAAGAUUGUCUUUUAUGAGGACAGGAACUUCCAGGGUCGCUCCUAUGAGUGCAACUCUGAUUCCUCUGACUUGUCUUCAUACUUCAAUCGUUGUAACUCUAUCCGAGUGGAGAAUGGGAACUGGAUCCUGUAUGAGCUCCCUAACUAUAGAGGACACCAGUACUUCCUAAGAAGAGGAGAAUAUCCUGAUUUCCAGCAAUGGAUGGGAUACAAUGAUUGUAUUAGAUCCUGCCGCUUGACUCCUCAGCACCGUGGACCAUUCAGGCUUAGAGUGUAUGAAAGGGAAGACUUUAAAGGACAGAUGAUGGAGUUCACUGAAGAUUGCCCACAUGUCUUUGAGCAGUUCCGCUAUAACAACAUCCAUUCCUGCCAUGUGCAAGAUGGAUAUUGGGUCUUUUAUGAGGAGCCCAACUACAGAGGACGUCAGUACUACCUGAAACCUGCAGAGUACAGGAGAUACAGCGACUGGGGGGCAUCCAGCCCAAGAAUUGGUUCCUUCAAAAGGGUCCAAUACAUGCAUUAAAAGUACUAUUUAAAAUGCACUCUUCUGUGAUUAAAAUUUAAUAAACCUACUUAAACAAUAA